AGUCGGUGUCGGUGCUCGGCGCGGCGCGGGGUUGUGGCCGUCAGUCGUCGGGUGAGCGGGGUGCGACGCAAACGCGGACUCGGACUAUGGCGGAAGGGCUGAUCCUCAUUCCCAUAAAAGGGUCGAGUUGAUUGUGGUGUGGAUACGUUUGGUCCCCCUGCGCUCGUUACAAAAUCUGCGGAACAGAAAAUAAAAAUGGAUUUUAAAAUGUAAAAACGACUAUUGUUGUUAUUUUAUAGAAUUGUUCUUGGAACAAGAGAAAAAAUACUUAUGUAUACAUUAUAGAUUGUUGAAAUAUUAGAUGAGAAAUUCUAGAGGGUGAAUAUAUUCCUAACUAAGAAUUGAUUAUACAGGCAAAAUGGCUUCACAAAGGUUUUGUUUGAGGUGGAAUAACCACCAAUCGAAUAUGCUGUCUGUAUUUGACCAACUACUUCACGCUGAGACCUUCACGGACGUUACUCUAGCAGUAGAUGGCCAGCUACUAAAAGCCCACAAGAUGGUACUGUCAGCCUGCAGUCCAUACUUUCAGGCUCUCUUCGUCAACCACCAGGAAAAACAUCCGAUCGUCAUUUUAAAAGACGUUCCUUAUUCAGACAUGAAGAGUUUAUUAGAUUUCAUGUACCGAGGGGAAGUGAGCGUCGACCAAGAGAGAUUGACGGCAUUCUUAAAAGUAGCUGAGAGCUUGAGAAUAAAAGGACUCACUGAAGUAAACGAAGAAAAAUGUGAUAUUCCAGCUCUUACAAAUUCUUUAAUUCAACAACAGCAACAAACUUCUGCCUCCGCCCACACCCCUCCUCCACAACUUCACCGAAUACAUCCAUACAUGCAACAAAAGAGACCAGCUUCAGGCAUGCCGACUGGUGGAGCACCCCCAAAUUUAUUAAUGCCUUUGCUCGGAAAUGCUCUAAUGCAGCCUAAAAGAAAAAGAGGCAGGCCGAGAAAAUUAAGCGGCAGUUCGAGUGAUGCCCUGACCACCGCUGCGAGUCCACCGGGAGAGUUCAUACCCGAGUCAGCCUCCCACGCUGCUUCCAACCGGCCUGGCGAUCAGUUAAUUAGAGGAUCGCCAGAAAUGCUUGAAGUGAAAAUGUCCAUGGACGGUUUCAGUGCUGAGGACGGCGCAACAUCGGGGGGCGAGGAGGCCGGGGAGGCGCUGCUUAUCGACGAGGGCGACGACGCGCACUCCACGGACGCGCCAAUGGCAGGGAAGGACUCCGAGUCUGCAGGGCGGGCAUCUCCAGAUUCAGAACAUAAAGAUGUAAGGUAUGUCCAUUCUCCGACGAACGACGGGCACGGAAAGAUCCGCGUGAACCCGGCCACGCAGCAGACGGCGUCGACGUCGGGCGACGGCGCGUACGCCGAGCCGCUCAACAACAACCAGGCGCGGCCCGCCGUGCGCCGCCGCAUCCGUCGCCGCGCCAAUUCCGCCUCCAACGACCCCGCCGAGCAACUCACCGAGAUGUCAGUCAGAGGGCUCAAUCUUUUUAGAUACGCCUCCGUUAACGAAGGAGUGUACCAAUGCACCGAAUGUGCCAAGGAGAACAUACAAAAAACUUUCAAAAAUAAGUAUUCAUUCCAGAGGCACGCUUUCCUUUACCACGAAGGGCAGCAGAGAAAAGUGUUUCCGUGUCCCGUCUGUUGCAAAGAAUUCUCUAGACCGGACAAAAUGAAAAACCAUAUGAAGACCACCCACGAUUGUUACGUGCCAAAAGACUGCGUGUAUCCGCCGAAUGCGUACUUUAUGUUGCCGGGGAUGGAGGCGCAGCUGCCGCCGGGCAUCAAGCUGGAGGCGCUGGGCGGCGCGCCGCACUCGUCGCCCGAUCCAGCGCAGGUCUGACGCGACGCACUCGCUACUCCCGCACACCAAGCGAGCGCCCGCAGUGCGAAUACUGAGCGCAUUUAAUCCAUCUUUUUAUCUCGGCUAAGUAUUAACAUUACGUAUCUAUCAAUUCCACAUAAAUUUUCAUUACGCCUCGAAAACCAAUUUUCACAUAGUUUACUAAUUUGUUUUGUUUAUAUCUAUGUAUAAGAAAUUCAGAGUUCAAUAGAAGUAGUUAUUUAUUCUAUUUUUUGAGUAAAAUUUUAAUGUACACUUUUACUAAGUGCAUUACUUGACUAAACUUUGUUUUCCAAUCAUACUGUUAUGCAUUUAAUAUCUAAUGUUCGUUACAUAAAGAUUAUACUUGUUAAAAAUUACGGUUGUGCAAAUUAUUAGUAGACAAUAAUAUUUUGAGGCCAGUUUCGCAAUAAUAGCAAAAGCGAGUUAUUGUAAAAGUUAAUGUGUAAGUAAAUAGCAUUAAUGGGUGCUGUACAAGUCUGAUUCGUGCCUUCCAUGCAUGCAGUUCUGUAACCACACACUGAUGCGAACAUUCCAUGUUUGGUCAGUGUCGUAGCUCUGAAAUAUAUAAGUACUAGGUAUGAUACCGUAAGACAUAACCAAAGACUGUAAUUUACAUUUUAAACUGUUUUCACAAUAGCAAUUUAACUGAUCGCGAUCUACUUGAGUCUGAAAUCAGAAUAUUAUCUCGAGGGUACAGUGAAGGAUGGCCAUGAAGUAACUGGUGGGAGCAACAUUUUGUUACAUACCACUAUCGCUCAUGAGUGGCUGUCUUUAAUGUAUACCCGAACAUUUCAGUAAGUAGACGUAGUUAUAUAUAAUAUUAUAUAUAUAUACAUAUACCUGUGACAUUUAAAUAGAGUUAUAAUCUGAUAUAGAUGCAAAUCAUGUGUAGUGAUUGCCUAAUUCAGUAUAAAUUUACAGCGUAGGUAUGUUAUAUUGGAUUCUAAUAUGAAACAAAAGAUGGAUUAUCUUUGGACUGUGAGUGCCUUGAUGCCUAGGAUUAUAGUGGAAGAUAUCACUUUUGUCGGAAUAGCUUAUGAUUGUUUAAUAAUUACUAUUCAUACUCUAAAUUUUUAUCUAAUAAAGACUUAUUAUGUAGAAGAUUUUUAUUAUGUAAAUGUUUAACUAUAUUAGUGAGUCUACUGUUGAUAUAAUAACUGUAAUUAAGCAUCUUUGCAAGAGUUAUAUAUUUUUAGAUUUAUCCAUUAAUACCGACCUAAGUAGUGAGGUAGGUACACAAGUAAAUUGAUGAUAGUGCCAUAGCACAAAUGAUAAAUAUUGUAUAUUAGGAUUGUUUCCAAUUCUUAUGAGUAUUCCCUUGUAACGAUUAGUAAGGUAGAUAGGACCGAGGCGCGCGCCGCACCGCGCCGCCGCGCCGCCCGGGCGACAAUCACCAGUUCUUCCAUUAAUAAGGAAAAUCUAAUGUAAAAGUUAAAAUAAUAAUGUUACGACUAAUCUCCAUUCUAAUUUUAAGUUCUUGUUGUGGAAAGAUGAUUAAAGUACGAGCGAUUAUUAGUUAAGAACCAGAACUUUAAAUUGAUUAAUAUUGUAUACUAUAAAGAUGUUAGUUACAAAUUGAGUUUUUGUAUUUUAAUAAUUAGCGCACAAGUUUAAUAUAGCUUAAUGUUAAGUUUAUCGUAGAGUUUGAUAGGUCACGUUCUUGUAUAUAAUUAAUGGUAUAUUUAGUUGCAGUAGUUUAAUAAUCACCAAGAGGUAUUAAACGUGAGGCAGACGCGGCUGCCGCGCAGUAGGUACAACGCAGCGCCUAGCUAAACACUAAUUUGGACCUUAUAAUUCUUCUCGUUAUUUUCUUAAUUUUUUUUCAUUAAAAUUUUUCCACUACACAUAUUUUAGUUUUGGUUAAUCUUACUUACUAAAAUAUACUUAACAGUGCGGUGGAGUGUUUCUUUCUCUUCUUUUGUAGUAUUUUAUUUUGUGAUAUUAGCGCUAACUAAGUUGGCUUUCCUGUUCAUUGUUGAGUUAUUAUAUUUCUUAUCUUUCACCUUAAUCCAUGCUGCAAGGCAGCGAAAAUUUUAAAUUCGACAAAACAAUUAUAAGUUUUUGAUAGUAUCUAAGUAUUAUAAACAAACUAAUGCUUUGUUGAAUAUUAUGACAAUAUUGACAAUCCUAUAAAUUAGGUACCCAUGCUUCUAGUAAAGAAUUAUAGAGGAUAGUUCGCGGUACACUAUAAAGCAAAUAGGACACUUAGAGAUCUAUCGUCUUUUGCUUAAAAGACAUCACCGUCAAAUUAGGUAUUAUAUUAUAUGGUGUAUAAAAUCUACUGGAAUGUCUUAUUUAUGUCUGUUUUCUAUUCUCGUUAUUUUCAUUACUAUAGAACCUAUAAGAAAAACCCUCAAAAUAUAAGUGAAUUGACACUUCGGUAUAUCAUUAAAAUGCAUAUAAGUAACAUUAAGCAGAAUUCGAUUAAUUUUAUAAAAUAACAUUUCAAAAUGUAAGUAACAUACAAACUAAUAUUCUAAACAAUAGAUAUUACAUAUACAUAGACCUACAUAUUUAACAUUAGCAGAAAUAAGUACUUUACUUAAAUAAGUAGGUGCGUAUUAUUUCAAGAUCUGUUUUUAGACAUACCUAUUGUAAAAAUCAUAAUAGAAUAUACUUUAUCAGUAUCACCUCUCCGUGAAGAAAUCUAUGCAAUUUGCAGCAUACAUACAUGUACCCUGUAUGUAUUUAGUUACAAAAUGAAGAUCGUCGGUGAAAGUUAUUUUUUUACGAGUUAAGUGCAAUUUAUAUUAGAGUGUUGAUUUGUUUUCUAUAUUCUAUUGAUUUUAGUUUACUAGUGUGCUGACCAGAACUAUAACAGUAUAUUGAUUUGACCGCUUGUUCAGAAUAUAGCAACCUAAUGUAACCACAUAAAACAUACUACUAUCUCCUCCAAAAUUACUUAUUAUUUACAUAUGUUUAUAAAAUAUAUCUAUUGUUAGAUGCCCUUUAAAAAAAGGAUUUCUUGUGUAUUAGUUUUAAUUAAUUAUGAUUUGGGCCAUAUCCUAAUAAAGGAAACCAUAAGUUUAUAUAGGUACAUCUUUACCUAUUUUUGAGCCAGUUUUUUAAUCCGUGACUUGAAGCAAAAAGCUAUCCCCUUUUUAUGUGGCGUAGUCAUGUUGAAUUAAGUAAACCUCAUUUACCAAAAAGUAAGAGCAGAAGUUAUUAGGUAUUACAACCAACUGCAUGUUCGACAGUUGCCACAUGUCCCAGUCCUUACACUAUUGUAGCAUAUACCCAACCAUACCAUACUAAAACCCUUACUUAUAAUUAGAUCGAGUAGUGGCUACGACCCUUCGAAUUUCAUAUCCGCUAUAUUUAAAUAGAUAGGUAGGUGUAUCUAAAAUCGUUUAAAAAUUUCAAAGCUUUAACGAUUAAAACUGAUGUAAAUUAAACAAAUGUUUAUUUUAUUGUAACAAGAAAUCUAAAAUAGUUUUUUUAUUAUAAAAAAAAUAUAACGAUUUUACCAUCGUGAUCGCGUUAAAUAACGCGAAUACAUGUAACACUACAAGUAAUCCAAAUAAAAUAUAAACAAUA